AUGAGGGAUGUUGCUAACAACAUCACCAGUCAAUGUAGUCUAUAUCAUUACAAUGUUACUGAUUCAAGGCUGCGCCAGCAUGUGGAGAAGGGUAAUGAAGAUGGAUUGUAUAUUAGCUGUGUGGCUUCUGUAACAAAUCUUUGGGCUGUAAUUAUCGAUGCGGGAACAGGUUUCUGUUCCCAGGUCUAUGAACUCUCAACUGUGUUCCUUCAUAAGGACUGGAUUAUGGAACAGUGGGAAAAGAAUUACUGCAUCAGCUCGAUCGUUGGUGCUGUUAAUGGGAGUUCCUUGGUUGUUAUGUCUAAAGGUUAGUAAAAAAACUGUUUUUAUAGAAUUCAUAUAAAUAGUUUUCUUUAUUCAUAUAUUUGUUGUUUGCAUAAACUUUUAUGCUACUUUUAUAAUUUGCAUUUUCUCACCACAAGAUAAAGGAAAAAAUAGCUGAAAGCAUGUGUGCCUUUAAGAAGUUGAUAUAUUACCAACAAGAUAAGUUAGUAAAGAUGCAUAUUAUUGGGGUGACAUUUAAGUUUUAGAUUAGGAGUUUGGCUAAGUAAAUUUUCACAAUUUGAAAAUUGCUAGAUUUUACUAUUUUGAUAACUGAUUGUGGUAGAGGAGAGAGGAUUAUUUUUAAAUCAUAAUAUCCUUUUUUUU